AUCUCAGUCGUCUCUCAGACAUGGACACUGGGACCUAGCCGGAUCAUCUAGUAUUUCGAUAAAACUAGUGAAUGUGGCGAUAUUUUUAGUUAAGCAUUAUUCAAAAUUAAGUCCGAGUUAAGCUCCUUCGAGGCUAAUGGUGGAUCAACGCGUUUAAGUUUCAACCAAACCAAAUUCAAGACGGCUGGAAAAAUGUAUUUGUUAAAGAUGCGGAUAUGUUUGAUUGUUGGUCUACUGACAAUAGUAGUGUGCGAUGGCGAAUUUGAAUGCCCAAGCAAAGCAGAUUGUACUUGCUCAAGAGGAAUCAACGGAGAUUAUGAGUUGUUGUGCCCUAGGGCUCUUGGGCAUGCCACUCUCCAAAUAAAUGUUCAACCAAUGAAAUACAUGACCGUGCAAUGCAUGCCACAGAACAACAACGACUUAUCCCUGCUUAGUGGGCUUCAAAUUGGAUCAGUCAAAGCUUUUGUGUUAAGGCUAUGUCCAUUGCCAACCAUGCCAUUUAAGGAUCUCAUGUCGACUGCAGGCAUACCCAAUGUGAAAACACUUCAGGUUCAGAGUCAUAGCAAUUUGGGCAAUUCUCUCACCAGAGCACAUCUUGCAGGGCUUUCAGAAGUAACUCAACUUAAUUUUGCAUCCAAUUUACUAACAGAAAUUCCUGAGGACUUGUUUCAAGACACUACCAACCUAACAUGGCUUGACAUGAAAAACAACAAUCUCAGACUGCCUAAAGGAAUUUUCAGGCCAGUACCCAAGCUAGAAGUGCUCGAGCUCGGAUCAAACAAUUUAACUUACCUUGAGCCAGGGAUUUUUCGAAAUUUAACAAAACUAAGAUUAUUGAAUCUGUGGGGCAACAGGCUACAGAAUCUAUCAAGGAGUCUAUUUACCGAUUUGAAUAAUCUAGAGAAUUUGGAUUUAAACAAUAACGGUCUUACAACUCUUCCACCAGAUUUAUUUGCUGAUUUGAGUAAACUGAGAAACCUCAAUCUGAAUGGAAAUGAAUUCAUAUCUCUUCCCCAAGGACUUUUCCUAGGAACAAUCAACUUGGAAAAAAUACAAAUCCAUAAUAAUAGAAGAACUCUGCGAGCAUUUCCCCCAGCUUUGUUAUCAAAUCUUACACACUUACGAGAAGCCUACCUGAAUGACUGUAAUCUAACAAAUCUCCCUGAAGAUUUAUUAUGGGGAUCUGUACUUUUAAUAAAUUUGACACUACAAAAAAAUAUACUUGCAACCUUGCCGCCUUACCUACUCAAAGACAACACAGAUCUGCAGAAAAUUAAUUUGGGCUACAAUAAAAUAACUGAAAUUCCAGAGGUAUUUUUCAGCAACCAAGAAAAAUUAACAACUCUCGAUCUUCGUCAUAAUCAACUGACGAAUAUAUCAAAAAAUGUAUUUUCUUCUUUAAGAAGACUAGAAUAUCUCUUCCUCCAAGACAAUGAUAUUGAGUACAUUGCACGGGAAGCGUUUCAAGCCACUACUGAACUCAAAGUACUUGAUUUGUCCCGCAACAAGAUAGCGGUUUUGUAUGCCGAGUAUACCGACACUGACUUUGGUCGCCACUCCAUUCUACAAAGUGCGACUAAGUUAGAAACACUUUUGCUUUCUGACAACUACAUCUCAGAACUCUAUGCUGAUUGGCAAGUUUCAAUGACCUCAUUGCAAAUACUGGACCUCAGUUACAAUCAAAUAUCAUCACUGACGAUUGAAGAUCUACAAUUUUUAUCCACAAGGCUCACAAUGGAUUUAAGUUAUAACAACAUAUCAGUGGUAACAUUGGAUAAUGCUGAAACUCUAGCCAGACACAAAUUUGUCUCGGCUCCUACUAAUAGGCAAGAAAAUGAGAGUGUGAGAGUCAUACUAAAAGGAAAUCCUCUUGAAUGUGAUUGCAAGGCUUACUACUUAGUCAAGUUUCUGAGAGGAGAGCUUGACCCGAGGGUUGAAUAUAUCGUAGACUUUGAUGUAACUAACUUUACAUGCAGUGGGCCUCCUGAAUUUGCAGGCCGUAUAGUGCGAGCUAUUGACCCUCGUGUGCUCACAUGUAAACUCAGAGAGAGAGAUUGCCCUAAAGGGUGCAGCUGUUCCUUCCGGCGCUCCAACCUCGCCCUGGUAGUCGACUGCAGUUUCAGGAACCUUACUGCUGUUCCCCUUUCAAUGCCAGCAAGUGAAAUUGUCCUAGAUGUGACAAACCACACUGAGCUCGAUUUAACAGGCAACCGUAUAACAUCUUUGCCAAACGAAUUGGGCAAAGGCUAUGGAAGGGUCACUGAAUUAAAAAUUGGGCAUAACAAUUUAACCAAAAUAAAUAUCUCUGUUCUCUCUCCUAACCUCGAGGUGCUUAUGCUUGAAAAUAACAACUUGAGUGUAAUUGAUAAUGGCUCUUUGAAAAUGCUUGAAAAUGCAAAGGGUCUACGUCUACUAACACUACACAAAAAUCCAUGGAAGUGUGAUUGUUCAAGUAAAGAUUUGCUACUGUUCAUUCACAGAAAGUACAAGGAGAUUAUCAGUUUUGACAACAUCACCUGUGCUUCUGGUGCGUAUUUCUCAAACAUAACUAAAACCGAUCUUUGUCCAACACCUUUAGGCAUUAAUAUUGGAAUUGCGUUGUCUUUACUUGCUCUUCUUGGAUUUAUUAUCUGCCUGAUACUUGUGCUGUACUACAAAUACCAAAGAGAAAUCAAAGUAUGGCUCUACGCACGAGGCUUCUGUCUUUGGUUUGUCAAGGAAGAGGAAUUGGACAAAGAUAAAGUGUAUGAUGCCUUUGUCAGCUAUUCACACCAGGACGAACGUUUUAUUGUUGAUGAAUUAGUACCUGGGCUUGAAAACGGUUCACCCAGCUACAAAUUGUGCCUCCACUACAGAGACUGGAUCGUUGGAGAUUUCAUUCCAAAUCAGAUAACAAGAUCUGUUGAAGAUUCGCGAAGAACCAUUGUGGUCCUUUCUCCCAAUUUCAUAGAGAGCGUCUGGGGACGAAUGGAAUUCAGGGCAGCUCACAUGAAAGCAUUAAGUGAAGGAAGAGCUCGAUUGAUUGUCAUAUUAUACGGAGAGUUAGGCAAUACAGACCAACUUGAACCAGAGCUUAAGGCUUACCUCUCAAUGAACACUUAUGUUAAAUGGGGAGAUCCUUGGUUUUGGGAAAAAUUAAGAUAUGCAAUGCCCCAUCCGCCUAACCAAACUAAAAGCAUUCCACUCAUUUCACAAGCACUUAAAUUAAAUGGCACAGAGAAAUUGGUUAACAGUGCAGUAGAUGUCAAUAGUAUCACAACUCCUCCAACUAAUAUAAUUGUGGAUCCUCUCAAGAAUCUCUCAUCGAAACUGUCCUAAUUUUUAUUUAUUGAUUGGGUAUAACGUAAUAUAUUUAAAUAAACUGAUGAAGGCGGAAGUAAGGCCUGCAGUGUUGAAAUUACACCAAAGAAAAGAGUUCUACAAUUGUGGAACACACUUCAGCAAUGGAGAACAAAAUGACUUGUGUAGCUAUCUAGAUUUCCAGUGAAGCUAUACAGAA